GCAGAACAAAACCAAAAACUCCUCCUCCGAACCUACCGAUUCGGAAAUGGUCGUGAAACUUCGACGUUCGGAAGGCAGCAUCCCUAGCUUGGUCCAGUUGAUGGCUCAAAGUAAAUACCGAAGUGCACAGAAUUGUUUAUUUUUUGCGGAAGAUCGGUAACGGACAGCCGUGUGAUCUAUUGACGCCUCAUUUGUGAAACCGAGUUUUUGAAAAUUUACCCCCAGUCAUUUUUCUCUCAACAUGCAGUUCUCUUGCAAAAAAAUGCAAACUUUCGCGAUAACGGCCUACAUUGUUAUUUGCCUCUCCCCAAUUUUUGUGAAAUUUGUGCAAGGAAAUGUGGACACUGGUGUAAUGUCCAAAAACAAGAACCGCGGGAAGGGAUCUAUGUGGUGGGGUCUCGCGAAAGCGGGAGAGCCAAACAACAUUUCCCCAACCCACCCGGGAGUUAUAUCUCUGGAUAAAUCGGUGUACGGGACUUUACGGCGUAAGCAGCGACGGUUAUCCAGAGAGAAUACUGGUCUUCUAGAAGCGGUCGCGAGAGGAGUUAGUCUAGCCAUUAGUGAGUGUCAACAUCAAUUUAGGAAUCAACGCUGGAACUGCAGCAUCAAAAAUUUUUCCAGAGGAAGAAACUUGUUUGGAAAGGUUGUUGAAAAAGGUUGUCCUGAGACAGCCUUCAUCUACGCAAUCACAAGUGCAGCCGUAACGCACUCGAUAGCCCGUGCAUGCACUGAAGGUACCAUCGAAAGUUGUUACUGCCAAAAACACUACAGCUCCCCUCAACAAAUCACCGAUGGUAAAACUAAAGAAGUUUCAACUGCUAGACGUUUUGAGUGGGGAGGAUGUUCAGACAAUGUUGGGUUUGGCAUUAAAGUUGGCCGUGAGUUUGUUGAUACGGGAGAACGAGGAAAAAGCUUGAGGGAGAAGAUGAACUUGCAUAACAACGAAGCAGGGCGAUGGCACGUUCAAUCGCUAAUGCGACGAGAAUGCAAGUGUCAUGGCAUGUCUGGUUCUUGUACAAUGCGGACGUGUUGGAUGAAGCUCACCAACUUUCGAACUGUUUCUGACGUUCUGAAAGAAAGAUAUGACAAACCUGCGCAUAUUGCAGCUCAUAGUUUAGCAUCCUCCAAACCUAACAAACCUCACGCCAACAGGUUUCCAAAGGGCUCGACAGCUAAUAGCAUUCCUACAAAACGAGAAAAUAAAAGAAAACAUAAAUAUGGUUUCCAGCUGAAACCAUACAAUUCUGAGUUUAAACCUCCUGGAGAUAAAGACUUGGUGUACUACGAGCUGUCUCCGGCGUUUUGCGAAAAAAAUCCAGAAUUCGGCAUUCAAGGGACCUAUGGACGAAAAUGUAAUGGUUCUUCAGAGGGAGUUGACAAUUGUUCGAUACUGUGUUGUGGGCGAGGAUUCAUUAGCCAAGAGGUAAUUGUAAAUGAACGUUGCAAUUGCAGAUUUCACUGGUGCUGUGAUGUUCAGUGCGACAUGUGUAAAGUGAAAAAAAGAAUAGAUACAUGUGUUUAAGUGAAGUGAAAAAAGCAGUGUCUAUAGUUUGCUUGAGGGUUAAUUUGGUUAUACAGUGGAUCAAAUUGCAUUUAUGUCGACUUGAUUUUCUCUAAUUUAAAGAAAGCCCUUUGCUGACCAGUAUUAUCAAAGCCUUUGUUCAAUAUAUGCUCCUCUUCAAAAGUAAAGUAGGAUUGACAUUAUCGCAAACAUUUAAAUGUUUUAAUUAUUUGUCAAUUUAGUGAGUUGAUAAGAUGAUUUGGAAUAAUAAUUUGCGACAAAUGUGCUUAAUUUUGGAAGAUGGGUGUAUAUUAUCAACACUGGAAAUUAGAAAAGUGAAAAAGUGUAGAUAUACAAAGAUUAAAAGUUAUGUAAAUAUUAGAAGACUGAUUUUAACAAUAUUUUAAACGCUUUUACGUUCGUAGCUGUAUAUACAGGAUGGUCGGAAAAUGCGUUAAGAAAUUUUCCAGUAAGCAUGUAUAAAAAUUCUAAAUCUGAAUAUUUCUCGAGUUACAAGCUCCUCAAACUUAAUUUUUU